AUGCCCCGAGCGGGCGUCUCCAGCGGCGGCUCCGAGGCUGCGAGGACGCCCUUAGCGGACCCGCUCAAGUCCGGGAGCGACGGGCCAGCCGCGGGCGGCGGGGCCGCGACCGCCUCCCGGUUGCUGGCCCUGCCCACCGGUGCGAGGGGGUGCGCCCCUGCGCCGCCCGGCGACGCGUCGCAGGACUCCGACGAGGAGGCCCUCCACCUCUGCGCGCAGCGGGCCCUCGCGCGGCCGGCUGGCAGCCCGGAGCCGAAGCGGCGUAGGACCGAG